UCUUUUGGGCAAUUGUGUGCUUGGAACCAACUUUCAACAGCUUUUUUGUCAUGUCCGCAGUUGCUGUUCCUACGCCGGAUUUAAAAUCACAAAAAUACGAUCGUCAGCUUCGUCUUUGGGCUGCUACGGGACAGACCGCUUUGGAAAGUGCAACGGUUUGCCUUCUCGGCGCUACUUCGACAGGCUGCGAAGUGUUGAAAAACCUUAUCCUUCCAGGUGUCGGUAACAUCACUGUUGUCGAUGACCAGUUGGUGCAGGAAGACGACAUUCGCAGUAACUUCUUUCUCGAAUCGAGCAGUCUUAAUCAGCCGAAAGCGAAAUGUGUUGUCGAAUUAUUGAAGGAACUUAACGAGGACGUGAAAGCCAACUGGACAGUCAAGGCUCCAUCGGACAUGAUUCUUCAGGAACCCGAGUUUUUUACACCUUUUCAUACCAUCAUCGCUUCCAAUAUUCACGAGGAUGAUAUCAUUCGCUUAGCAAGCUUCUGCGAGCAGACGAAAAAAGUCCUUAUCGUCAUUCGCUCCAAGGGUCUUUGCGGUUAUUUCCGCAUUCAAGCACCAGAACAUGCCAUCAUUGAAACACACCCGGAGAACGUGACGGAUCUGCGCUUGAAUCAGCCUUUUGUUCAGUUGGUGGAAUAUGCGAAAAAGUUUGAUCUUGCCAAACUGGAUCAGACCGAUCACGCUCAUGUUCCUUUUGUAAUUGUUAUUCUCAAAUAUAUCGAAGAUUGGAAGGCAAAGCAUGACGGAAAGUUACCAAAGACUUAUGCUGAACGAAACGAAUUGAAAGAAAACAUCAAGGCUGGAAAACGCACGGUUGACGAAGAAAAUUUCGAUGAAGCCAUUGCCAAUGUCUGGCGGCUAUCUUCCUCAUGUGAGAUUCCCAGUGACGUCCGUCGAAUAUUUGAGGAUCCUGCUUGUCAAAAUUUGACCGCUGAUUCCGAACCGUUUUGGAUCAUUGCUCGAGCUAUCGCCGACUUUGUAGCCAAUGAAGGUGAAGGCCAGCUUCCUUUACCAGGAAAAUUGCCCGAUAUGAAAUCUGAUACAAACAAUUACAUCGGUUUACAGAAUGCUUAUCGCCAGAAAGCUUUAGCCGAUCUUGUUAUUGUCCAAUCUCGGGUUCAUCAAUGGCUUGAGGAUUUGGAACUCUCCCGUGAUAGUAUUCCCGCUGAUACGAUUGAAGGCUUCUGUAAAAACGCGGCUCACAUCAAAAUUAUUCGAUACCGAAGUUUACUGGACGAGUAUGUUGCCAAGCCAAAGACACAAAAGAUUGAAACUACGCUGCAGCAAGAUGAAAAUUUGGCCUAUUACAUCGCUUACCGUGCUGCGGAUCGAUUCUACAGCGCGUAUCAGAGAUGGCCAGGGGAUCGAGGUGGUGAUAAUGAGGAAGAUGUACAGUUGUUACGACAGCAAGUGAUAGCUACGCUGCAUAACCUGGGGUUGCCGGAAUCAACGAUCACUACCCUCAUGCAACGGUCCGACACCAUUGACAAAGCCAUCAUCAAUUUCGUACGCUUCAACAACCAAGAGACCCCGAAUCUGGCAGCACUCAUGGGAGGCUUGGUAUCUCAGGAAGUGAUCAAACUCAUUACUCAUCAAUAUGUUCCGCUCAAUAAUACGUGCGUCUUCAAUGGCAUUUCUUCCACAAGCAGUGUGUUUGAAUUGUGAUAAUUCCAUGUACAAUUUUUUUUUAUUUUUUCGUCAAUAAAGAAGUUAUAAUUUUAAAGACACAUUUACCC